AUGACCAAAACACUGAAAUCUGACUGUGAUAGGGAUCCCAGUGUGGCCUCGGUCACUCUGGCUCCCCUCAGCUGUGCCAGGUCACCUCUGCACCCCCUGCUGGUCCCUGCUUUCAUCUGCUGUAGACUGGGUACACUAGUGCCCACUCUGCUGGUGUUAGGUUUUCCUGGCUCCAUCGGCUGUUGCACGGGUCCUCAAAGGCCCCGUCUGCUGGUGGUUGGUUUUCCAUGGCUCCAUCUGCUGUUGCUGGACCCCUCCUCUCGAUGGCCCCUCUGCUGUUUGCUUUGUCUUUGUGGUGCCCCUCUGCUGGAGCUGGUCACUCUUAGGCAGCCCCCUGUUGGGUCUCUCUGGUUCCCCUGCCUGUAUGCUGGGUCCUCCCUGUCUCGCCCCCCUGCUGGUCUCUCAAGGUUGCCGCCCUGCUGUGCCCUGCCUUUGUCCUGA